AUGUCCGGCCCUAACAGCCCCUUUGCACUCUUCGUGCUCUCAGAGACAGUCGAUGUUGAGUACAUCAACCAGUUUCUCCGUCGAACGGCGGAGGAGAAUGACGGCAACUUCUUCCUGACCGUUGUCCACAUCCCGGACCCCUCUUCUCCGUAUGCUUGCGCUCCCGAGCAUCGCACCGAGGGCGAGGGCGAAGGCGAACGGUCCCUGCCUUCUGAUGGUACUCGCCCGCCCAUUGCCGAUUCUUUUGCGUCGCCUUUUCUGGGGAAAACACUGGAAGACUGCGCCAAGUACUUGCGGGCUACGCCUAAUAAUAAGGACUGGGACGACGAAUAUUUUUGCGUGCUGGGAGAAGAGGACGUGAGCGAGGAUACCGUGACGCUGGUGCGAAGCUUCGACGACGGAGCAGUCCAUGCGUUUCCAUGCUCCACGGGCGAAUGCGCGCGCAAGAUGUACACUGCGCUAGGAGAUAACUUCGAGGAGAAGCUGCAGAUAUACAAGGACAUAACCGAUGCAGAGGGCGACAAGGAUCGAAGCGUUGGGGAGCCGUAUGAGUAUGAUGAUACGUAA